CCCGCAGUGAGGUUGCUGACGGCGCUGCGGCGGCGCUGCGAUAUCGCUGGGAAGCGGCUGUCGGGGCCGGGCCUGGCCGCCGAGGGACGCGUCCUGCGCGCCGUGCUCUACGCGUACCACAGCAGGCUGCUCCGGCACCGGCCCUACCUGGCCCUGCAGCAGGUAGAGCAGUGUUUGAAGCGCCUAUGGAAAAUGAAUUUGGUGGGCUGCCUGGAAACUCUGGUAGGACUGAUUCCCAAGAAAAAUGCAUCUGAAGCCCACGCAGAGUGCUUGGUCCCCAGCCAACCUGUGCUGGAAACAGUGGCUUUGAAGGUGUUGGGAGGCUGCAAGCUCAUACUACGUCUACUGGAUUGUUGCUGUAAAGCUUUUCUCUUGUCCAUUAAACACCUCUGCUCAGAGGAAUUCAUACUCCUGAAUACUGUGGCUUCGGGGCUACUGAGCCGGCUCUGGAUUCAAUACAGGUGUGUAUUGCAGACCCUCACAUCCUUGUAUGAUGCUUUGUCGACAGUGCUUCAUCUGGUAUCUGAGACCCAACAGACCCCUUAUAUCCAGGGGUUUACCUUCCCUUCUGAUAUCUGUGACUUCCUUGGAGUUAACAUAUCUUCUGAGGCAAAGAAGCAACAGGCUAAAAUGUUUACAACAAAAAAAUCUACCAGCUGGAUGAAGAAGCUCUGCCCAGCAAUGCCAGAGGCAGUAUCAAAGGUUGGGAAAAAGAGAAAAUCUGAGACCUGUAGAAGUGCCAUGAAUCACUGUAGCACCCCAUGUGCUAUGGACAUUGGAGAGAGAGUGGUGGCGCCCACAGCCAGGAGAGGGAAGCACCCAGGGUUUGAUGUGAAGAGCUUGCUUAGGCCAGCCAGACAUCCAGCACAAGAGGCUCUAAGCAUUGCAUCAACACCUUUUAAAGCAAAGUCAUCACCACUUUCAUCUCGGAUAGCAAAAUCACAGCACACUGGAUCUCUUGUACAGAUGAUUCAAACAGCUGCAUCAUUUGGGGAGCUGUCAGAAGCACUCAGAAAAGCUAUUCUCUGGUGCAAAAACAACAAAUUCAAAUCAGAAGCUUAUUUUCUGCGUAACAAGUUGUUGAAAAGCAACCGGCUGCACCAUGUGGAGGCUCAAGGAUGCAGCCUGAAGAAGAAGCUGCACUGUGUCAAAACGUCUGUCCGUAAAUACCUCCUGUACGGGUCACAACACAUGCGCUGGCCAAGGCAGCACCUCAGGGCACGGUUCUGCCGAAGGGGGAUCAGAUCAUCUGCACUCUUGAAGACAGCUCUAAAGACUGGUGGGCAAAAGCCUCCUGAGCGUUUCAGGGUCUGUGAGAACAGUGCAUCACUCAUCCUCUCAGCUUACCAGGGUGGGUCUCUGAAUCAGGAAGAACAUUCCCGCAUUGAUACAGGACCUGUCAGACUAAGCACAACAGGGACCUCUAAGCAGCUGCUGCUGGAAGGAAGCCCUGGCCCUGUGUGGAAAGACCUUGCUGAGAACACAGAUAUUGAUUCUAUUUUUGCAACAAUAGGUGUCUGA